GUUCGAUUCUACUCUAUUAUGCUCUGCACAUCCCAUAUCGUUCCCGCUCGUCCAGGAUCGAGUGCGCUUCGUCUCUCCCAGACAUGCCAAGGGCCGCAACAAUCGCACAGCGGCCCGGCUCGGACCGCUCAGGCCGAUCUUUGGCUGUCUUGGUGCGCCACCUCCAGGACCAGGCCCGGUCCAACAGACAGAGCCCGGCCAGCAGCCACGAACCGGUUCGUCUUCGUCGGCUUCGUCGUCUUCGUGCCCUUUCGUCGUCAACCUUUCAUCGUUAUCCCUUUCGUCGUCAACCCCAGUCUCGUCCUCGCCCUCGGCUUUGGCUUCAUCCUUUUCGUCCUUUUCGUCCUCGUGUCUGUCGUCAUCCCUUUCGUUUCCGUCGUCUGCGCCGUCGCUGUCCGCAUCCAUGAACUCCCCUACAAAGUCGGCCCGUCUGGCGCUGCGAGAGGAAAUCGCAUUCAUUCCGUCCUCGAGCAAGGUGUCGCUCGAAACCAAGAUCUUCCAUGGGUCCAAGAACAGAGAUACAUGCAUUCUCCUGGCGCAUCCCUACGGCCCCCUCGGCGGCAACAUGGACAACAACGUCAUCCGUGCGCUGUUUGAGAACUUUGCGACCCAGGGCUACAUGACUGUUCGCUUCAACUUCAGAGGAGUUGGCAAGUCAUCGGGACGCACCACCGCCCGAGGCAUGGGCGAGAUCGAAGAUGUCCUCUCCAUCUACAAGUAUGUCCGAGACCAAGUCAAUCUGGCCCCGCGGCGAUUCGUUGUCUGCGGCUACUCGUAUGGCUCGGUGGCCGCAUCUGCCGCGGCCUCGGAGAUCAAGGAGCUAGCAGGCAUCAUUUCCAUAAGCUAUCCAAGCUCGGUGCUUUGGGCCCUGACCUUCUUCAACUCGAAAAAGUUCACCGACGCCUUCGCCUCCACCAGCGUCCCCAAGCUCUUUCUCAUGGGCAACAAGGACAACUUCACGGGCAUAUCGUCGCACACGAGCUUCAUCGACGGCUUCCCCGAGCCCAAGGAGAGCAUCGUCAUGUCCGAUGUGGACCACUUUUGGUUUGGGUACGAGGACAGCAUCUGCGGCCAUGUCAACACCUGGAUGAAGCGAUCCGGGCUGACCAAGCUGCCGUCGGCGCUGUCGACGCCAUCAACGGCGACCAUCCCAGGCACCCCCACAAAGUACGGCUCGGCGAGAUCUCCCGAGUUCCCGACGCCGACCAAGCUCAAGGGUUCACUCAUGGCGCUGGCCGUCAGCAUCAAAGACGACGACGGCGACGACAGCCCCCAGCCUCUCGGCAAGUCGCCGCUGUCUCGCUCAGAACCGGCGCUCUCCAACAAAUAGAUGCACCGGGUACUUCAAAGACACCUGCUCUCUUUCGGGGCAAAUACCACCGUCGAUUCUGUCAAGCGUCGCUAGGAAAUCGAGUCUUGUCAAUAUAGCGACAAAACUGAUGGCA